AUGGAGGCCAAUCAUGAAAGCAGACCAUGCCCUCGACCCAAUUGUAGCGGCAAGAUCCACAUUCAAAAUUGCCGCGGUCACGGUGGUUAUCCGGUAACCCAUUUUUGGCGAGAGUGUGGCGAACUGGUAUUCUUUCAGGCCAAGGGUAACCAUGACCACGCCCGGCCAGACCUUAAGCCGAUCCGCAAUACCGCCGCUCGCCGACGUCGCCAGCUUCAACAACAACAGCUGCAACAACAGCAUCAACAUCACCAGCAACAACCACAGCAUCAACCGCCUCAACAUCAACAAAGCCAGCAAAGUAUGAUGCCAUCGUCUCAGCUACAGAUGCCUGCGGACCAGUCUGUUCAGGCGGCAGCCUAUCAGUCGCAACAGACGCACAUCAACACUCCUCAGGCAAGUGUUGUCAAGUCGGCCAAGCCACGUGACUCUGUUCUCACCUGCAAGGGACAAGCACACACUGGCGCCCGAAAGCGUUCAGUAGCCGGCUUUGCCGUCUGCCAGACUCCACUGUCUCAGACUGGCUGUAUCAACCGAGCCGCUUCCAACUCGAGAGGAUCCGGCUUCGGCUAUUCCCAGCGCACAAACUUCCAACCGUCCAAUCUACAGCAGUCACAGCAGCUUCAUCUAUCGUCUCUUCAUGCACCUCCUCCUCCUCCUCCGCCUCCUCCACAGUCUCAUCUAUCCGCCGUUACCUGUCAGGCACAGCAACAGAACAGACAUCAUGGUACCCAGUUGACUAGGGUCGCGUCGGGAUCGGUACACUGCGAAUCUGAGGCCGGCUUCAGCCUCAUUCCAGCCUCACCGACCAGCCAAGCGGGACUCCAGGCACGUUUAAGCCAUAUUAUGGUGCCUGCUGUCAAGAAGGCACGCGUGACUGGCAAGACCGUCAGCCCAGAACCCCUUUUUCCCGCACCUAUAACGAGCGCCGAGCUAAGCCCGACGCCUGUGUUCUCCUCACCAGGGGAUGGAUACGCCCUGAAUGAACGGCACUAUCUGCGUGAACAUGAAGACGAACUGUGCUUCACAUCACACACCACCGCUGCCAGCUCUUCUGUCUCCUCUUUCCUACGAGUGGCUGUGGACGCAAACCCCACCACGCCCAACGUGAGCUCCGCCAGCGUCCAUACGAAGUCGAGCCAUGCCCCGGUCACGACUGCCAACAGCAUCACAACCUGUAGCAACAGUUUGCUUGGGCAGACCUGCGCCAUUUCCGCCAUUUGCGCCACUUCUGCCACGGCCUCCAGCCUCAGUCCAGCCGUGGUACUGGCCCCUGCCUCUACUUCAUCCUCCGCUUCCUCUUCCUCUUCAUCGUCGUCCUCUUCCUGCUCCUCAUACAAUUCGUCCGCGACCGCCGUCUCCACAUGCACCAUCACCACCUCCAGUCCCAGCGUCACUCCCGUCCCCAGCAAGACUCCGGCCGUAGAGCAGGCCAGGUCGCAUUGUCCGCCCUAUUUCUACCAAACCGGCACUACAGACCUCCGGCCAUCGCUUGUUGACGGCCGAUCCGAGUAUCUAAGCGCAAGCUCACCUACGCUAGCCCGAGGCUAUCUCUCCCCCGGGGUCUUUGUGCCGGAGCUCAUGGUUGGCGAGCAUACAGAGGCCUACAGUCUCAGAGAGGAUGCAGCCCCACACGUAGACAAACGAGACACAACGCUGACAAAAGAGGGAGAAAGUCAACUGGAGGACGACGACGACGAAGAGGAGGAGGACGACGAAGAGGAGGAGGACGAGGAAGAAGAGGAAUGUGAAGACGAGGAUGGCACUGAUACCGUCCAUCUGAGGUCUGCGGAUAAAGUGGCUCCAAAUGCUGUACUAUUUGGUGGCAUGAAUCUUCUUCCAAAGACGGCAGUAGACGACCUCUUCCUGUCGCCCGGCUCCAACAGACUAAACAACCUCACACUUCUCGGCUCCGAUGGCGAAGAGCACGGAGAGCUACACGAGGCAGAGGAGGAGGAGGAGGAGGAGGAGGAGGAAGAGGAGGAAGAAGAGGAAGAAGAAGAAGAGGAAGAAGAGGAAGAGGUAGAAGUUGGUGGUGGAGUGGGCUCUGUCGGGCUGACGAGUGGCCUGGGCACCACCUCGAUGGACACCGGUCCUGGGCAAACCGACCUCUCGACCAGCGGUUUCAUAGACCAGCUGCACACACCCAAUGGCCAUUCACAGCACUCCAGCCCCACAGGUCCGCUCGGCCUUGUCUCCGGAUCGCCCAGUCAACUGGACGCUGGUGUCUUCACUGAGAUCUCUUCGUUCGCCGGUGACGCGUCAAGUGGCUAUGCGGGACAUCAAUUCUACGACCUAUCAGCAGCAACACUCUACGCCAGCCAGACCACUCCAUCAUGUCAGGCUGCGGGUCAUCCUCACCAGCACCAGCACCAACACCACCAGCACCAACACCAGCACCACCAUCAAAUGCAUCAGCAAUUGGAGGGUCUACAAAGCGUCUACAUGGAGCCGCAACAACUGUCCACCCAUGCACUUGUACACCCGUCGCACCAACACUCGCAGCACCACCAACACCAACUCCAGCCUCAUUCGCAGACAAGCCUGCUGGGUCUGGCGGUUGGGGCGACUGGCGUCCUUACGGCCAGCACUCCAGUCUCGGGCACGGCGUUCAAGUCGAGCCUAAUGAGCGGAGGCAGUCCGCAGAACUACUCCCUGGGCCUACUUCAGGCCAGUGUUCAGCCAAUCCCCUUCCAUUUGAGCAGUGGCUCCACAUCAAGAACCUCUUCCGGUGGCUCCGACUGUAGUGCUGGCUCUCUGGGCCACAGUCCACACCAUCUCAGCUGA